CCGCGGCCGAGCGGAGCGGAGCGUCAGUGCGCCGGAGGCAGCGGGCUGCGCCGUACGUGUUCCACGCAGCCCGCUAAUCGAGAAAUUCCGAGUGUUUUGUGCAAAUGCUUGUGUUUAUAUGGCGGUCACAUUACUACGAGUGUUGGUGCUGGGUGUGAUCGCGGCGGCCGCCGACGCAGAUGUCCCGAUAACGUGGUUGUCGUCCCCGCGCGCUUCGGUGCCGUGUGUGGUGCCGGACGCGGACCGGAUCCCGGCGAGACGCCCCCCGCCCCCACUCGAGGCUGAAGACAGGCCGAGACCGAAGCCCUACGUCUGGAGGAAGGGCGAUGAGGAGGUUAAACGGGUACUAAGCAAUGGUACUCUGGAAGUGUCGAAGAAGAAGGACGGUAGCUCCGAGGGGGUGUACCAGUGCACCGUGAGGCACCAUGCUGGCCUCGUGCUCGGGUACCCUGUGCAGCUCAAGUUUGCUUACCUAGAUAAGCAGUUCUCGGUGCACCCCGAGAACGCGACGGCAUGGCGCGGCCAGCCCUUCGUGCUGAACUGCAGCAUCAGCUCGGGUCCAGCCGCCGCCAUCUCCUGGCAGAAGGAUGGAGAGCCUUUGCCGCAGAAUAAUAGAUACACAGUGCUGAAAAAUCAGCUACUUAUCACGGACGUGACAGGAGAAGAUUCUGGAUUAUACAGAUGCAAAGCAACAAACUCCCACGCAAACAGAACGAGAUACAGCCAUGAGGGCAAGCUGCAAGUUGAGGAGUACCCGGGUAACCCGGAUACCGACCCGGCUAUGCUGCCGGUCCACCAUGAGAAGGAUAUUGCAGUUCCGAGGGGCAGUACCGUUGUGCUGCCUUGUCCUGUCACAGGGUGGCCUAGGCCUAAGCUAAUAUGGGAGUUCUCCCAACCUGGCGAGAGGACCAGUGAGCUGGAAGCCACAGACGAAGUCCUGAUCCUCCGUGACGUAGGCCCUGAGCAGGAGGGAGUGUAUACCUGCACUGUUGAGGGAAACAGCGACCUGGUGAAGACGUUCGCCGUAUCUCUAACAGAGCCAGCCCGCAUUACAGUGCACCCCACCUCUAAGCAGACCUUCAGAGCGAGCACCGUGCGAUUCAACUGCACGGCUGCCGGGAAACCAGCUCCUACCGUCACCUGGUACAAGGAUGGGAAGCCGCUCACGCUGGCUGGACGGAUCGUGGUGUUACCAUCAGUAGAUGGCAAGCGACUGGAACUUCUCAUCAGAAGCGUGACCUCAGAAGAUGCAGGAGUAUACCAAUGCUUCGCGCAGACGCCGCACUCCACAGCGUCAGCGUGGGCCACGCUGAACGUGACGGGCGCCGGCGCCGCCGCCCCGACGGGCGUGACGUGCGGCGCGGCGGGCGCGCGCGCCGUGCUGGUGCGCUGGCCGCGCGUGCGCGCUGACGUCAUGGCCUACACUGUGCAGAUCACUACUCCUGGUGGAAUCUCUUUGCCCGGCCAACCUGUGAUUGGCAUCGAAGACAUCAUAACCGUCGCAGAGCCAUUGACACCAUACGGGUUCCAGGUCCGUGCAUACAUCAAAUCACCGACGACAAACAGGAAUGUGGCGAGUGACAUGUCCGAGAGUGUCACGUGCCAAGGACAGGGAGUACCCAUCAAACUAGCCCGCCAAAAUGAUGACAUCCUGGUCUCGUGGAAGCAGUUCGCAGACCAGACUCCUGGCGUGCUGCAGUGGAUCCUGCAGUAUAAGGUCGAGAACAGCACCGAUGAACUUAAUGUGACCCUCGAUGGAAAAGUCACCAACUAUACUAUUAAAGGAUCAACACAAGAGCCCCUCCAAGUGAGGGUGCUCGGCACGAAGUACCUUCCCUGGCUGCAUCAAAACCUGACGCUAGUGCCGUGGACGUCCACCAGCGUGGCUGUGAGAGCCCCUGACGCCGGAGAGGUGAAAGCAAUCCCCGAAGAUGUGGAGGUAACAGACAUUCGACCAGAAGGAUUCACUGUGCGCUGGCGCUGCGAGGAGGCGGAUCUGUCUCCCGAUAUCUUCUCUUAUAUGGUCUGCACCAGGAGAAUCGACGGCAACGAGGACUGUGUGGAGACCCAGCUAAAGUCAGUCCGCAUAGACAAGCUGUCCCCCAGCACUAUGUACGAGGUGCGCGUGCAGGCGCGAGUGCGAGCGCGGGACGCGGCCGGCGAUUUCUCCGCGCCAAUCACUAUUACCACUCCCUCUGAUGGCCCCCAGCGUUUCAAGGACCUUUCAGCUAAGCUGGUGAACGCCACAACUCUCCGAGUAUCCUGGAACAGCGUUCCCGGCAAAUAUACGAUCCACUACAGCAAUGAGCGCAAUGUGCCCCUCAACCAGUGGUCUUCGGUGGACACCAUGGGGAAUACUGUGCUGCUAACCGGCUUGGACCUGACUAAGGAGAUGUACGUAAUGGUGACAGGAUACGAGCCACUUGGCCGCAGCCAGAUACUGAAUGUUACUGUACCAGAGACCAAAGAGCUGCAGUACUGGUUCACUCGCUCCGGGCUGACAGUGACGUGGCGCGGCGAGGGUCCGCGGCAGGUGAUGUACUCCCAGAACCUGACCCAGUCACUGGACAAGUGGCCCACCAUCAAUGUUACCACAAAUAUUGUUCAUAUAACUGGCCUAGAGCCAGAGCAGUCGACUUACGUGGUGGUGGCGGCCCCAGGCCCCAGUCUCCGCAGCCAGGUGGUGACGGUACCACCACGACCGCCUGACCACUCCUCGUUCUACCUCAGUAUAGGUAUCGGUUGUGGCGUGGUGUUGCUGUGUCUGCUGGCAGUCGCCGCCAUUUGCAUUUGGCGUAGACGGAAGAGGUCGCAAUCUCCUGUCAGGUCUCGUCGAAGGAACCUUUCUUCUCCCGAAGGUAAUGAAGAAGAAGGAGCGGAAAUGAAGAACAUUGGCAACAGGUUGGCCAAUGGCGGCGGCUCGAAGGACGCGGGGGAACCACUCUUGAAUGGCCAUGUUCACAUCACAGAGAACCCUAACCAAUCAAAAACACCAAACGGGCGCAUGAGAAAAGGCCGUCGCUACGAGGCUGCCUUCGACGUCGCUCGAUACGAAGACCCCGACUCCACCCUCGAGACAGUUCUAGACCCCGACACCUCUGCCUCCACCACCUUCAACCUCCUCGACACCUCCCGGAGACCAGAGUACGACCUCUGCAGGUCCUCCCGGGACAUCAGCUCGAACAACUCCUUCAAUAAACUCCCUGACGAUAACAUGAACUCAGAACUCACCCGCAGCACCGACUUCCAACUAGACAACAGCAAAAUUCUCCCCACGCUACAGCCUAACGGUUGAAACACCCCCCCACCCGGUUACCUAGAACUACAAUAGGGGUAGGCGGCCCCUGAAAUCAGGUAUCGAUUCACCGAUACCGAUUUCUCGCGUCAAUUCGAAUGGUGUUGCUAUUUUUAAGUCAAGGAUUGAGAUUGUGUACAGACAAAAUCGUUUUUUUUUUACUAGUUGCUCGUUAGACACAGUAAAAUGGAUAUACGACUAUAAUAAGAAGGGUAAUACUUGAAGUUUUUAAUAGAUAAUAAUGAGGCUUCACACAGUCCGGUCGAUACGGGUUCGCGCGAGGAUAGCUUACGUGUUUCGUUCCUAACGUUAGAAUUUAUUUUUAAUUAUUGUAAGGCUGAUAUUUUUUGGUAAACAAUAGUACGGGUAAAUAAUUUAAGUGUUAAAAAUGGAUUCAGGUCGGACGUAACUGUUGUUCAAUGCCACGUGGAGUUAUUCUCGCCGAUCUGUCGGAACGCCGUCGUGAACGACACCCUACGAUUGUUAUUGUGUAUAUAUAACGUUUUUAUUGCCGGUUUUAUGGCAAGCCGCACUUGUAUAUAGCGUUGUUCGGUUACGGCCUGAGAUUAUAUGCGCCCGACAAUAAUGUAGGAAUGACGCGUCACUGAGACGUGAGUGUGCUGCGUCGUCACCUCUUAGUGUAUAAACAGUGCCUCUCGAAGUACACACUGAUCAUAAGUCAUACAAAUAGAUUCACCGUUAGUGCAACAUAAUCGUACAAAAUAUAGACCAAAAUAAUUCCAAACACUCAUUGAAUUCGCGUGUACAUAAAUAACAUAAAAAAAAACAAAAUACCCGACUGCACACUAAAAAAAGAGUAAAACAAGCCCCACAAUAAUAUUGAUCAAUACAACUUUACUGAAUAUAAUUUAUAAAUAUUGAUGGAAAGCAUCGCAGGCGGGGACCAACAGAGGCUUAUUUAUAGUCAUUUCGGUUGUGCACCAUUUAGCAGAAUUUUCGUUGGUGGCGGUCAAGGUGGUCCCCGCCUGCGAUGCUUUCCAUCAAUAUUUAUAAAUUAUAUUCAGUAAAGUUGUAUUGAUCAAUAUUAUUGUGGGGCUUGUUUUACUCUUUUUUUAGUGUGCAGUCGGGUAUU